GGAGGGGCCUCACGGUGCACCGUACUGCCAUAGGGGAUGGGAAUUGGUAUUGGGAUCAGGGAUGCGGGAUCGUGACCGGGACGAGGGAUUGAGAGUGACAGGUGGGUUUGGGAUGAGGGAUUGGGAAUGAGAUUUGGGAUCGGGAUGUGUUGGGUGCGGGAUUGGGGGGUGAAGUGGGGGAUGGGGCUGUGGGGUGUGGAUAGGGGAUGGACACGGGACGGGAUGUUGGGAAAUGGGAAGCAUGGGAUGGGCUCUGGAUACGGGAUGGACUUGGAGGGGAUGUUGGGAAAUGGGGCUGGUGGUGGCAGCUGAGGAGGAGGGCAUGGGGCGCUGGGGGGCUGAGACCCGGCAGAAACGGCUGCAAGCAGAGCUGUGGCAAAGGGAAGCCAAAGCCAAAGCACAGGGCAGUUCUUUUCCUCCUGCGCGCCCCAGGGGUGGCUGCAGGUCGGAACGCUGAGGGGAGGUGGCCAUUUCUCUGCCUCUCUUCAUCCCUUCCCUACAAAGAUGGGUCCAGCACGGACGACACGAGUUGCAGGCGGCAAGGAAGCACAGUGCAGCGUGGCGAGCAUGGUGAAAGCCCCUGCUGGAGGAGCAGUGCCGGACGAGGCGCAGGCCGAGGCCAAGCCCAGGUGCCGCCGCGCAGCCCCGGCCCUGCAGCAAACGCCGCUGGUGGCCCUGUGGUCCCGGAGCUCCGAGAGCAGCCUGCUGGGGGAGCACAGCCGCAGCACCUCCCUUGCGAUGCCACUGGCACACAAGGGGACCGGAUCCACGCAGGGCCAGCCGCCGAGGAGCAACGCGGGGCUCCCCGUGUGGAAGCCGGUCUAUCCGCGCUGAGCAGGGCACGGGGUGCCCAGGAGAAGCAGAGCUCCGCCUGAGGCUGCCAGGCAGGCGCGCGGUUCCAUCUGCGCCAUUCCUGGGACCAGAAACUGCAGCUCGGUGUGCAGAACUCGGGAGCGACGCCGUCGCAUCCCAUGGAACGCAGGGCACAGGCGGGCAUCUGCCUGCUGCCUCUCGUGAGACGGGAAGAAAGGAGUUUCUGCCGAGAUCCAAAGCCAGGAGCUGCCGCUCCACAGACUGCCAGCUCAACCCCUUGGCAUCGGAGCUGUGCCUCCAAGAGAGCUGACUCGGCCUCUUCUGGACUUACAACCAGCUGUGCAUCACCGCUGCCAUCUGCCAAACAGCCCUGAUGGCCACCGCAAAACACUGACAUCUGAGCUGUGACCACAGCUGCAGCCGCAAACGCACUCACCUGGGAAAGACGACAGCUCAGACAGAAGACAUCAGGAAAAUGUGUGAUGGAGGGGAGAAGGGACUGCAAAGAGAUGCUCUUCAUGUCUUUUUUGUCUCCUUUCUGUCAGAAGCUGAUGCCAGUGGCCUUCCUCUGAAGCGCAGCCAUGUGGAAAGCCAGGAGUGUGGCACAGUACCCAAGAGAAGUACAGCACCCAGCAGGCAUCUGGGUUUGGUGCACAGUCUUUCUGGUUAGGCUUUCUGCCUGUUCUUUCCUGGGACUGUUCUCAAUGCAUGUUGCUUGGGGUUUUAAGCCCUGGAAUUGACAGUUACCUCUCCUGUCCUUAUUUAUAAUGGGAACCCAACGUUCACCCCAGAUCCCUUGCUGUGAACAUGGUACAGGAGCUGGCAUUGACUCUUUGGGAUUCUUUCUUGCUGUUCCCAGCAGUGGUGAGCAGCUCGCAUGUACCGGAGGACAUCACGGACAUCCAGGGUUUGCUCUCUUGGAUCAAUAGUGAGUUUGGGGCUGCAGAACUGCAGGUGCGUGUUUGCACAGUGGGUGCGAGAAGGCUUUCAUCAUCAUUUGGGGGGUGUUUUUGCAUUUUCAGACGUGGCAAGAGCUGUUGAGGUCCCCCAUGAGAACCCCAGCAGCCCUGCCCCAGGAUUCUUCACCGCUGAGCUCCCUGACAACCCCGAGGACAGCACAGAGCUCAGCACACAGGCUGCCUCUGGGACGCCCACCGACCCCUUCUGGGGGCUUCCUCCAUCCCCCGGGUUCCUGUCUGAGCUGCAAUGCGGGCUGUCAGAGCUGCACCCCGUCGUGCAAACAGCAAGUGCCCGGCUCAGCCCACGGCCGACCACCCUGUCAGUGCACCUCCCUCAGCGCAAAGCGCACAGCCCACCGAGGAGGUGCAGCAAAGGCGGCCCCAGGAGGCUCAGGCAGAGAAGAAGAACAGGGGCAGUACCAAGCGGGGGGCCAAGCGCCCUGCGCCUGCCGGCACCCCCCAGAAAAGGGAGAGCUCCCAGCAGGAGCAGCCCACCAGCAGCGCUCCGGCCAAGAAAAGGAAGCUGCCACCACGCGGGGAACAAAAGGGAGGGAAAAAGCCGCAAACAGCCAUGGCAAGCAGAGCUGUCUGGGGCCGGCGCAGGAGCCAGUGGCAGCCAAGCGGGCACUGUCAGCGAGCUGCGCGCGCACCUGCAGGAAUGCAUCCAGGCUGUGCACCCGCUGGGGCAGAGGGUGACUGCGGUGGACCCGCUGCGCCAGCCACCCUCUGUGCAGCCCCAACCCUCAGCCAGCGCUGGCCCUGCUGCCCUCCAGCCCCAAGGCAGUGACACAAACAAGGCAGUGCCUGCAGCUCCAGGCAGCACGGUGCAGGAGGAGGGCACUGCAAAGCAGGCGCCGCCGAGCUGCCCGCGCCUGUCCCCGCAGAGGAGCUCGGCGCUGCGGAGGGACCCACUGCAACCACCACCACCACCAGCGCUGCACCAGCAGCAGCCUCGGCACCCUGUGGACUUUGUGCCCUGCGUUGGGCCGCAGGCGGGUGGCGGUGCAAUACCCACAGUGAUGGAGGAGUUGCUGCCCAUCACAGCCGAGCAGUGGCCCCAGAGGGAGAGCAUGAAGAAGCCGGCCCAGGAGGAGCAGCAGCAGGUGGCCCAGCAGAUGAAGAUCUGCCCCGUGCAGUUCCUGGAGCAGCAGGAGAUAGACAUGGCCAUCGCCAACCAGUAUAGCUACCCGUGACCCUGCGCUCCUCGCAGGCCUGCAGCACCAGGCAGCAGCGGCAGCGGUCCAGGCACGCUUGCCCCGCUGCGCUGUGCUUCCUUGCCGCCUGCAGCUCGUGCCGCCCGUGCCGGACCCGUCUUGGCCAUUGCUGCGCUCUCGGCAGAGAGUUUUGCUGCCUUCUUCUCCUUCAGUGGCUUUGGCUUGGAAAGAGAUGCCUCCGGGAUAACUGGCGGCU